GAAACUUGGUUUGGCUUUUAAAGCUGGAAAGAGCCAGGGAUGUCUCUGGCCGGGGGAAGCAGAUCGGAUGGUUUUAGCCUCUUGAUUGUCGACGGCAGGGAAAGCAACUGCAACCUCUUGGAUACGCUGCUGUCGCGCAUGGAGCAGUACGCCAACAAUUUAGAAGAACUGGUGGAAGAGCGCACCCAGGCCUACCUGGAGGAGAAGCGCAAAGCUGAGGCGCUCCUGUACCAGAUUUUACCUCACUCGGUGGCCGAGCAGCUGAAACGAGGGGAGACGGUGCAGGCGGAGGCCUUCGACAGCGUCACCAUCUACUUCAGCGACAUCGUGGGCUUCACCGCCUUGUCGGCAGAGAGCACCCCCAUGCAGGUGGUCGCUUUGCUGAACGACUUGUACACCUGCUUUGAUGCAAUCAUUGAUAACUUUGAUGUCUACAAG